CGCAUGACGUUGAAUAUGUCAUUGAAAUGCGUGCGUUUGGUUCUAUCAUUGUUCUAACCUUUAUGGCCGGUCCGGAUUCCAAUUUUUUGGAUGGGGGAGAUAUUGCAGCUUUAACUCAUAUUUUAAUUGAAUAUAUUGAUUAGACUCGAGAUAGAGAGAGAGAGAGAGAAGGAGAAGAGCCGUGUUGUGACAUUAUCAUGACUGGUUUCUUUUCUCUCACAAUUUACAUCACAAGUCAGCCCUAAUCUCGUUCUCUGCAAUAAACUCUCUAAUUCUGUUGUUUGUUUGUCUAUUCUCUCUCUCCCCCUCUCUUUUCACUGUUUUUUUCUCCUCACGCACUUUCGCGAUCCUUGAGACUUUUUUCUUCAAAGAAAAGCUAUACCGGGCGAACACCACCGACGAUCCAGGAACAAUAGAUGAGAAGAGAUUAUCGGGCAGAAGAACCAAUGGGAGUAAGGCCUAGCCCCAAACACAAAAGAACUUAUCAAACAUACCACGCUCCACUACUCAUCGAUGGGUGUCGUAAGAAGGGCUUUCAAAAGGCAUUCGUCUUCGUAAUAGACGCAUAUAUUAUUCACUCUCUCUGGAACUUGGUUGUAUGCGUUUGUGGUAUAUUUGGGGAACAAAUCGGCGUGAAAAAGGCAUAUAGUCAAUGUCCUGUCGGCGGAAUAUACGAAUGUUUUCGAUCUUCAGGAUAUAUUAGAGUACGAUCAUACGUGUCACAACGUGGUUCUAAGUAUAUUUAGUAUAAAAGUGAAGCAGUGUCGUCUUUCCUCAUGAAACAAAUACCAGGACCAUCGUGCACUAUGGUGAAGAGAUAUUACACUAUCAGAGUCAGUCGGACGGUGGCCCAUGUUUUCUGUCUCUGUUUCGCCAUCACUUUUUGCACUCUUCUCGUAGCUUUGCCCUCGUUGGAAAAAUCUCGCCAGUCAUCGCCGUUCAUCGAGGUCGAUCGGCGGGCGGGGUCUUCCGAGCACGACAUCGAGGUCCAGGAUGAGCCCUUGGUCCUAGUGGAGUACGACCCGGCCGAGGCGGCCCUGAAACGGGAAGAGGACAAGAUGAGAGAAAGGGCGGCGAAAGAAGCCAAGGCGAGACAGGAUGCCGAGAGAAGGCUCGGUGAAAGGGAAAGAGUAAGAGAAACGGAGAGGGACAGGGAAAGAGAUAGGCAGAGAUACGUGGAGAGGGAAGAACCGAGGUUGCCUGCGAGGGCCCCUGUACGUGAAGCCCCCAAAGAGGUGGCUCGCCGACCAGAUGAACGACGGGUAGAAUCAGCUCCCGUCAGGAUCAAGCUACCUAACGGCAUGAAGGGAUGCGCCAGACCCUCUCCCUAUGGACGUGGUUAUAAUGUUGAUCGCGACACCACUGGACAAAUCAAUGCUGCCUGCACAAUGGACGAAAAAGAGGUCACUCGCAAUGUCCGUAACACAACCAUCAAAUCCUUGUGCGCGGUAGAGGAACUGAACCACUUCUCUCUGUUGAACAGCGAGCAAAGAAGGACUCUUGACGCUCAAGUACUCGUAGACGACGCGCACAAAUUUAUGUACUGCUUCGUGCCUAAAGUAGCGUGCUCUAACUGGAAGCGUGUCAUAAAAUACAUGAACAACAAGGUGCCCGACUUGGAGACGCCGAUGAAGAUGGACCACCGUAAAGACUUGGUCUUCCUCCACGAUUUCAGCGAUGAAGAAAUCCAGCUCAGGCUCAAGACCUACUACAAGUUCAUGUUCGUCCGGGACCCGACCGAGAGGUUACUGUCGGCGUACAGGAAUAAGUUCGGGGAAAAUAUCGGUUCGUACAACGCCAAGUACGGUCCGAAGAUCAUCGAGAAGUACCGCAAACCUGGUAAGUUGAUUGAAGGUUCGGAUCAGUCAAUGAUUACCUUCGAGGAGUUCUUGCGUUUCCUGGUGGACAGCGACACCCGACGGAUGGAUCCUCACUGGCGACCCAUGCAUGAGUUGUGUCAACCCUGCGCCAUGAAAUACGACUUCGUCGGAUCCUUUGAGCAGUUGUCGGAGGAUGCUACGUUGAUCAUCAAUAAAGUCCGUGGAAGCAGUGACGCCUAUUUUCCGGCGAGACAGAGCUGGUAUAAACCUACGACCGAUGAGAAGAAAAAUCAACAGCUGAACAAUGUCCACCCUACCUACAUGAAACAGGUCGUGGAUAAGUACGCGAAGGACUACAUCCUAUUUGGAUACCCGCCGCCAAUUUCUGACAUUACAAGGCCAAAAGGUUUAUGAUCUUAACCUAAGGGACAUUCAUUGAUAUUUAUGUUUUGCAUUGUUUCAAAUGAAAAUAUCGAUGAGAAAUCCAUUUAAAGAUAUUCUAAAUCAUUAUAUGUGGUCAGCUAAAUAUGAAACCAAAGAUAGCAUUGUUAUUGCAACACACCACAGUGUUAAAUCCUCGUAACCUCAAGUUUGCAGAAUUUGACGAAGUGUCUUUGUGAUUUGACAUCUUUCGUGAGCACUUCUCUUAACCCGUUGACUACUGAAUUAUCUAUUUCCCAUAGACUAACACAGGGACCACCAGGUUCCAGUAAGCAAUGGGUUAACGCCCCUCACCAUUGAUUCUAGUACACGUGCAGACGUUCCCCGGGUCCCCCGAAGUAUGUUUGGUAUGCUUGCGCCUCUUUUCCCAAGACAUUUGACCCUAGAUACAGAAAUACAUCUUGAUUACCAUACUUUACCAGCUGAGCGAUGGUAUAGUCGGGGUAGUAGCCGAAUGGCAUCCCUUCAGUUUUCUCAAGCUAGGUUACUUUUUUAAUUCGUGUUCGUCCCUAAAUUUUUCAAAUUAUAACGCCCCCUUAUACCCCCGGUGAAUUUCGGAAUAUUUGGUCCUUCUCUACAGGCUUACUAGGCCUUGUUCGGGAGGGGGAGGACGGAGGUUGCAUAAGUAUUUGCAAAUUUGAUCUGACAACCCCCAUCUAAAAUUAUGUAACGUCGCUACCGGCUACGAACCCAAUGAGCUUUUAGAAUCAAGUGUAGUUUGACGGAGUAUCCCUGUCUAUCAUUUUCGCUAAUGACCAUUCGAUCUAGGAGAUGUCAAAGCGUUUUCAAUUCGUGUUUGUGUGUGAUUGAUGGGAUACACGGGAAUGGACACUGUCCAGUUGGUUCAAAUUGCUGACAAACUGUUGUAGUGAUCCGAAAUUAACCAUCUAGGUUAAUGACUUAAUGCCCUGCCCUAGAAAAAACAUAAUGACAGGGUUUUGUUUUUACUGAUAAUGGAUCUAGUUAAUUUAUAUUUCCCACAUUAGUAGUUCGUAUCGUGCACUUUAAAACACGAACGGAAUCAGUGGGACUGAAAAAGUUGGCCUUGAUGCCGAUAUUGCAAAUGGACAAUGUUCACGCAGGCGCAGGACGGAUUAUGGA